AUGUAUUGUCUUCCUUUAUUAAGCGUUAUUGAAUAUUACUUUUGUAAUAGAGUAAACUCGUGGAAGAACAAAGCUAAAUAUUAUUGUUCAAAAUGCAACGACAUCUUUCUCCUCCCCCAUGUUCAUCCAUUGAAAGGACCGGUCAGUAUAGCCGAAUUACGGCGUCCAACGCAGCUACUUGCCCCGCUUACACAGAAACAUUCAGAAAGUCAGUACUGGUUUAGUGAUGAAUCUUUGCGUGUUUUGCUAAUUGGCAUUCGGAAUUCUCGUUGCAAUGGCGUUUUAUGUAUUGGAACGCCGACUGUAUUCGAAUAUCUUCAAAGCGACAAAGAGCUUCGAGCACACUGCAAAUCAUUUUUGCUUGACAUCGAUUCCCGAUUUGUACCUUUCUUUCGAAGCAGUCACUUCGCAGUAUACAGCAUGCUGACGAACCAUUUUUAUGAUUCGAGAAGCACUACCAAGCUGAAUGCAUUCUUUGCAACACUGAAUCGUCUUGUGAUUGUGUGCGAUCCGCCGUUUGGUGUUUUCAUGAAACCUCUGAAGAAUUCAUUGAAUAAGCUGUGCAAACAGUUUUUUAUUACAGGGGAAAGCUAUGUAAGCAAACAUUGGUGCAAAAGUAUUAUCGUUCUACCUGUUUUUGUUGGAAGACGUUUUUUGGCAAAAACCGGUUUUUCUAUGUUGGACUAUAAGGUUUUUUAUUUAUAUCGCCUUUUCGAUAAAGUUAUUUCCGAAUUCCGGAGUAUCCUCGAACUUUUAUGGGGCAGUCUGCGCAACAGCGGAAUUAGAUGUGAGAUUAGGGUUUGUUAUGUGAAUCAUGUGAAGUAUAAACGACCGGAUAAGUCAGUUGUUCGUUUUUUCACUGAUCUUCCACUGGAUGUGUUCGAUUUGUCAGAAUUUUCUAACUACAGGUUCCCCAUUAUCGAUGGUUAUAUGCAUAAACAUUGUGAUAUUUGCUGUCGUUGUGUGAAGGAAUCAUACGAUCAUUGCGGAGCCUGCAAACGCUGUCACUUGCCACAAAGGUGUCCCAGGAUUUUGGGCGUUGAGGCUCGGAACUAG